AUGAAAGCUUUUCGAUCAUUUGAAGAAGCAGAAAAUGGCGAACCUAUUGUAUUAAUUCCUGUUUCAUGUUUUAUUACUUAUAGUGAUGAAUUUGAAGAGAAAAAAAUUGAAUUUGAUCAAUUUGAUUCAAAUGAUAAUCAAAAUUAUUCAGGACGAUUCGUUAAUCAAUAUUUUAAAUCAUAUAUGUUGAACAUCGGUAACAAUAUUAACUUACGUAUUAUCAAUACACGUGGAAUUGGAGAUACUCGAGGACUAGAACAAGAUACAAAAAGUAUUGAACAUAUAUUUUCAUAUAUUACUAACCUUUCAUAUCUCAAAGCUGCUUGUUUCUUAUUAAAACCAAAUACAAAUCGUCCUGAUGCACCAUUUCGCGCAUUUAGACCUGCAUUUGAAACAAUACAUAAUAUUAUGAGAAAUUUAACAUUAGAAGGUAUGGGACAUAUAGAUUAUACCGUUGAGAUGAAAGCAAAAGCUAUGUCACAUCUAACAAGUUUAUGUGCAGCUGCUACAUAUGAUAUUACAGAGAUUGGUGACGUCUAG